GAAACUCUAACAAGUCUUCAUUCUUAGAAGAUUUCUUUGAAGUUCAGACCUGUGAUGUCUUGUUUGUAAAUAAAUCGCAUAAAAAUUAUUAAAUUUUAACAAGAGGGAUUAAUUUUUCAAUCUCUCCCGAGAACUGAAGAAAAACUCUUGAUUGUAUAAAAAGACGAUCCAAAAGGUGCCAAAAAUGAACACGAAAGCAGCUUUUGCCAUUGGCGGAGUGUUUCUCGGGUGUUGCAGCAACGUUGUUUUCUUGGAAUUGCUCGUCAAAGCUGAUCCUGGAUCCGGAAAUCUCAUCACUUUCUUGCAAUUUCUCUUCAUCGCAGUCCAUGGAUUUAUUUUUACCGCCAAAUUUGGCACAAAAAAGCCUCGUAUCGGCUUAAAGGACUACACAAUCCUUGUUGCGAUGUUCUUCGUUGUGAGCGUUUGCAAUAAUUACGCCUUCGAUUUCAACAUCCCCAUGCCUUUGCACAUGAUUUUCCGCGCGGGAUCCCUAAUCGCCAACAUGGUAAUGGGCAUCAUAAUUCUACGGAAGCGUUAUGACAUCUGGAAAUACAUUUCCGUGGGAAUGAUAACACUCGGCAUCAUCCUAUGUACCAUCGUAUCGGGCAGUAAAGUGGAAAAAAUUACCCCAACCGAAGCUGCUGCUGCGGAAUUAGACGCUAAAAAUGAAGCUCUUGGGUUUUCAGCGUUCUUUUGGUGGACUUUAGGCAUUACUUUGCUCACGGUAGCACUGUUUUUGUCAGCUCGCAUGGGAAUUUAUCAAGAAACUUUGUACAAACGCUACGGAAAACAUCCGGAUGAAGCACUUUUUUACACGCAUUUGUUGCCAUUACCGGGAUUUUUGUUGCUUUUUAAUAAUAUCUCGGAACACGUGAACAUCGCAUCGGGUAGCACGCCUUAUGAGUUGCCAAUUUUGGGAAUUUCCGUACCUGUUAUUUGGUUGUACCUGCUCGGAAACGUCUUGACACAGUAUUUAUGCAUUAGCUCCGUUUAUGUGUUGACCACGGAAUGUGCCUCGCUUACCGUUACGCUCGUUGUGACCUUGAGAAAAUUCGUUUCGCUCAUUUUUUCGAUAAUUUACUUCAGAAAUCCCUUUACGGUGUUCCAUUGGUCGGGAACGCUGCUCGUAUUUGUGGGCACAAUUAUCUUUACGGAGAUUGUACCGAAGAUACGGGAGUCCAUGGAGACGAAACAAAAGCUUGAAGCUUCCAAGAAACGAGAAUAAUGGUAUCUGACCUUUUAAUUUUUUUGUCGACACGAAUUUUUUAACGUAUUUAUCAACGAAAAGUCGUAUUUUGUAAGUUUUAUUUGUUACCAAAUCCCGAUUUCGGAAUAAAAAUGUUUUCCAAAUUUCCUAAAAAUUCAUUUU